AUGCCGCAGUUCCAUUACGCUGCGUCAGGAAUAAUAAGAGCUGCCGAAAGCACGGGCAAAAAUGACUAUAUAUGCGUGAGGAGCAAAGAUGUAAAAGGAACUGAGACGAGAUUACUAAUAGAUAGUGGGGCCCACAUUAACCUCAUUAAAUUCAGGGUUUUGAGGGAUGGUGUAAAGAAGGAAACCGAAAGGGCAGUGACAAUAAAGAGUAUCGUCAAUGAAGAGGUCAGGACGGAGGGUCCUGUAUUAAUCGAAUUAAGCAGCGGUAUAGGAAGAAAAUGGUUUACUCAGUUUCAAGUUGUAAAUGAAUGUCUUGAUCUGCCGUUUGAUGGGUUACUUGGACGGGAGUUCCUGGACGAACAUAAAGUCGUGCUGGAUUAUGGGCGACGGAGAAUUACAGAUGCCACUGAUGAGGGCUUUGUGGAUGACAGCGAUAUUCGGGAGUAUAUGCAGAUCGGACUCGCAGGACGCGAAGCAAACCCACAAGAUGUAAGAGUGCAAAAAUUCCGGUCUGCACCAGGAAUGUAUUACGACAACCAGGGCAGUGUGAAACUAUACAGCACAACGUGGAGAGAGGUGACCUAUUUCAACCUUAAGGAAUUGCAUGACAAAUUUGAAGAGACGCAGGUGGGGGCCAAUAGAGCGAUAGCACAUUGUAUAAGUACGAUGAAUCAAGCAAAGAUACAUGCCGGAGAAUGUGAAAAUGUACAACAAACUGUAAAAUGGCAGGUGGGAGAGAUUUCUAAAUCAAAAGACUUGAUUGACCUGUUGGCUAGACAUGAACGGCCCAGAACCAAAAGGGGGAUAUUGAACUUUAUUGGGGUAACAAGCAAGGUAUUGUUUGGUACACUAGAUGAGGAUGAUGCGGAAUUCUUUAAAGCUAAGAUAGAUGUUUUAGAGGAACAGCAAAGGAAAUUAUUGCGAUUGUCCAAGGAACAAGUAACCAUUGUGAGGGCGUCACUGACGGGGGUGAACCAAACAAUUAAUGCAGUCACCAAGAAAUUUCCCGUUGAACUCACGAAGGACCAAGGGUAUCUGUUACUUCGUAUAAUAGAUAAACAACGGUUCGUUCUGAUGUCGACCUAUGAUCACGAGCGAUGUGAAGCUCGAAUGCUACAGCCGAUAAGGGAAAUUCCGAAAGAUUGCAAUCAAAAGUAUGUCAUACUGAACGAAAGUAUCUGGACACAGAUACAGGACAAUGAGUGGCUGUAUGUCGCUCCCAAGGAUGAAAGACUGACAAUAUUAUAACGGAGUACCGGAAAGUUAACCUUUACGAGUCAGUGUAAAGGAUACAGUGCGCAGGUCAUGUUAUACCUAUAUUGUUGUAUCAUAGACGAAACAAAGCAAGAGGUCACACGUAUACCUAUAGAUUUACCCUUAGAACAUAUUGUUAGACACUUAGAUGACCUCAAGGUAGCCAGUCACAAAGUGGAUGAACUGCAGAGUGAAAUAGAAUAUCAGCAGUGA